AUGGCAUGUGAAGGACUGUCGUUUAUCUUCACCUUCUCUGUUGUUCUUCUAGUUUCCCUCUUCCCUUUAAGAUCAUCUUCUCAUGGAUUGGUGUUUAUGAACAACCUUGAUGGAUGCAAGAAAGGGGAUAAAGUGGAAGGAAUUGGCCAAAUGAAGAAAUACCUUCAACGUUUUGGCUACUUGGAAGAUCAUGAUCAUGUUCAUUCUAAAUCUAAUGAUGAUGAGUUUGAUGAGCUCUUGGAGUCGGCCAUUAAAACUUACCAAAUCAACUACAAUCUCAAGGCCACCGGAGCUCUCGACGCCACGACAUUGGCUCAAAUGUCGAAACCUCGAUGCGGGGUUGCGGAUAUCAUCGAUGGCAAGAGUGGGAUGAAAUCAGGCAAUAAUAUGGUGAAUCAACAUAGAAAAAGUGGUCAUUUCCAUGAAGUUUCUCAUUUUACUUUCUUCAAAGGAAACCUUAAAUGGCCUAAUUCCAAGUCUCACCUCACUUAUGGAUUCCUCCCUGGAACUCCGUCGGGGGCGAUAGAUCCGGUGGGUCGAGCUUUUACGACAUGGGCUGCGAACACUCACUUCAGCUUCUCCCGAGCAUCUAGCUACAAAACUGCUGACAUCAAAAUAAGCUUUGAAAGGGGUGACCAUGGAGAUGGCUCUCCCUUUGACAAUGUUGGAGGAGUGUUAGCCCAUGCUUUUGCCCCUACAGAUGGGCGGUUACAUUUUGACGCGGUCGAGCGUUGGACCGAUGGGGCGGUUCCUAAUUCCUACGAUGUCGAGACGGUGGCGUUGCAUGAGAUCGGACACCUUCUCGGCCUUCAUCAUAGCUCGGUCGAAGGGGCUAUUAUGUGGCCAACCAUCAUGAGAGGAGCUACCAAGGGUUUGCAUGCCGAUGAUAUUGCAGGCAUCAAGGCUUUAUACAUUGCUACUUCUUGA